AAUUAUAAACUGAAAGCCUAAAGUCAGUGUGAUAUAACCUACAAAUGUAUUUUCCCACCUCUGCCUAAACCAGAUAUAUUAAAUAAUAAUUUAUAAUAGGAUUUAAUAUGUAUAUCGUCCCAGUUAAAGAAGUUCAACUGUAUAUAGAGGCAGACAUUCUACUCGUAUAUUCGCUUAACAGCGAACAACAGCAGAAGUCGCUUUGGAUCUGCUCGGUUCGGUUGGGUUUGGUUCGUUCGCUUCGUUUUGUUUCGCUUCGUAUGUACGUUUAUUCGUUCGCUGUGCCAGCAGAGCAGUCUCCUCCAAUCCCCGCCUGCAACGCUCGCCCUCUCCCCCUGACCACUUGCUGGCGAACUGACUAAGCGUCGGACCGGCAGGCAGGCAGCCAGCCAGCAGUAAAAGCAAACGAAGCAGGCAGUCAACCACUCUAAGAGCUCAGACAAAUGUCCCAUGAAUCGCACACUGGGCUCCACAACUAGAGAGUCGAGUCAGAGUCAGAGUCACAGUCAGCGUCAGAGCCAGAACCGGCAAGAGCCAGAGCCAGAGCCAGAGCAGGAGCUAAAGCAAAAGGCAAAGCCCAGAGCUCCGCUGCUGUCCGGACCGAUCCAAAUCCGACCCCGACUCGUUCGCAGCGUUUCGUUUCGUUUCGUUCGUGAAACCUACUACAAAACACUGCCAUCACUGCACCAGGCCACCGUACAUAUCAUAGUUAGCCUGACCAAAGGAAAGGAAUUGCAAUGCAAGGAAAGGAAGCCAGAGUCGUAGCAAGAACCAAAGCCAGAGGACAGAACCAUAUAGCCAAAGCCAGAUCCCGUCGUUCGGGCAACGAGCACAAGAACAACAAUCGACAGCAACGACGACGACGGUCGGUCCACUGCAGGGUGACAGGAAACAUGAAUGGAUGGUUUUCAUACUCGGUGUGCGUGUGUAUCUGUGUGAGGAGCGACCGAACGAUCCAGCAAAGGAAACGAAACGAAACGAGCCAGGCGCACCAACGAAGCCAGGCAACGAGAAAUAAAGUAAAACUGAAACGAGAAAGGGGCUAAAUGCGGCAAUCCCAAGUCUUUAUACCCUAACUUUUAUUUCACUUUUCUAUAUCAAAAAUAUCGUAUCUUAAUCAUACAUUUAAUUUAAACUCUGUACAAGUUACACGUAAUAUCAGACAUAAAUAUAUUAAAAUUCGAAGCGCGUCACAAAGGGCUUACCAAGUCUAAAAUACUCUUUUGUGACAAAGGGUAUAAAAAGGGAAAACUCAUCAUGGAUGAAAAUCAAAAGCAGAAACG